CCCUUGAACAUGCCAAAUUUGCGGCAGACGCGCACCCAAAACCCCACAAACACCAUUGGCCUUCGCCUUCGCCCAUCCUUUCCUACUCCAAUCUCCACAGACCACAGUCCACACCCUCCGGGCGCCGGCCUCCACAUCUCCAUUCUUGUCCCGGAACCAUGUCGAUGCUUCUCUCGCGAAGGUUCUCCUGCGCCCUCGCCCGCGCCCGCGCCCCGUCGCUCGUACGGGGCCGGCCCCUUCCUCCCUGCGCCGCCCGCACCACCCCUCCGGCUCCCAGCUCCCCGCCCCGCCGCCUCAUGUCGUCCUCCUCCGCCGGGUGGCAGCACUCCUCGCACCGCCCCCCGCCGCCGCCGCCUCCUCCUCAUCCCGGUGCUGACAAGGACCAGCUGUUCAGGGGGCUGGAGGCGGCGCUGGGCACCGCGUUCAGCUCCGAGCCGCUGGCGCCGCCACCGCAGCCUAUGAUCCUCGUCAUCAGCGGGCCCAGCGGUGUCGGCAAGGACGCCGUCAUCAAGAGGCUGCAGGAGGAGAGGGAAGGGAUCCAUUUCGUUGUCACCGCGACAAGCAGGGCGAUGAGGCCAGGUGAAGUUGAAGGGAAAGACUAUUACUUUGUCAGUAAGGAGGAAUUUCUGACGAUGAUUGAGAGGGAGGAGUUGCUCGAGUAUGCUCUUGUUUAUGGGGAGUACAAGGGGAUCCCCAAACAGCAGAUUCGUGACUACAUGGCUAAAGGCUGUGACAUUGUUCUGAGAGUGGACAUUCAAGGAGCAGCGACGUUAAGACAGAUACUUGGUGAAUCUGCGGUUUUCAUAUUUUUAGUUGCUGAGAGUGAAGAGGCACUUGUUAAAAGGCUAAUCCACCGUAAAACAGAAACAUCAGAUAUGCUUCUUGUCAGAGUCGCAACAGCCAGGGAGGAGGUGAAACACAUGAAGAAUUUCGACUAUGUGGUUGUAAACGCUCAAGGGAAACUUGAGGAGGCUGUUAAACAAGUGGAAUCUAUCAUUGAUGCUGAGAAGUCUAAAAUUCACAAGCGGCAUGUCAAUAUCUAAGCCAAGGAUCAUGUGAUUUAUGCCUAUUGUCUUCAUCUCUAUAAAGGAAAAUUAUCUGUCCAAGUCUACUGAAGCGUGAUGAAAUGACUCAGGUUUCAGUAGCCAGAAAGUUCAAUGGAUUGCUGAGUUACAAGAAUAUGGCAUGUUCUGUUUAAGAAAUUUCCCUCACCACAACCGGGCCAGCACAAUCUCUGGGAUAUAUACACGACUCUCUUGUUGUUAUUUGUCUCUUUUUUCCCCUUUGAUUUUUUAGCUCUGCCUGGAGGAAUCUGGAAGGCUGUACCAAACUAGUUCUGGGUGAAUCUUAAGUGAUGUUCUAUCCUUCUCAA